CCAUCAUGCAGACGGACCAGGUGCCAGCACUCCUCCUCUGUGCUCAGCAAGACCCUGGAUGGGUUGUUGCCAAGAGAGGGAAGGACUACAUCCUGAAGCACAUUCCAAACAUGCACAAAGAUCAGUUUGCACUGACCGCUUCCGAGGCUCACCUUAAAUACAUCAAAGAGGCCGUCCGGCUGGACGACGUCGCCGUCCACUACUACAGAUUGUAUAAGGAUAAAAGGGAAAUUGAAGCUUCUCUGACCCUCGGGCUGACCAUGCGGGGAAUACAGAUUUUCCAGAAUUUAGAUGAAGAGAAACAAUUACUUUAUGACUUCCCCUGGACAAAUGUUGGAAAGUUGGUAUUUGUGGUAAGUUUAAAAUAACUGGCUAAAAUAAAUUACUCAGUUGUUUGUUUGUUUUUGGAA